AGACCACGAGUGCUGAGUUGUUUCACUCGUUGUCGAUACCUACACUCCUUAGUAUUUAUCAAUCCUUGAUCGCAAACAUGAAGGCUUCAAUCUUCUGCGGCGCCACUCUCUUUUCCUUGGCAGCUUUUGCCUUCCCAGCAAACCUUCUUGACAACCUCGACAAGGACAUCAGUGCUGAGCAGCUCGCGGAGAUCACUGAGUUGGCAGCAAAGAUCUCAAACGAGGUACAGACGAAGCGUCAACUCGGUGCCAGCAUCUUACCACCUGGAUUCGAUGCAAAGGCCCAGCGCAUCAGCACUACUGGCGACCAUGCAUAUAUCGCACCAGGUUCGGGCGACCUCCGUGGGCCAUGUCCAGGCCUGAAUGUAAUGGCAAACCACGGUUACCUCCCCCGAAACGGAAUUGCAAGUCUCACACAGUUGACAAUGGCGUCAAAUGAAGUGUUCGGCAUGGGCAUUGAACUUUCUGGCUUCUUGUCAGUGCUUGCUACCGUUAUGGGUGGUGACAUCACUUCAGUCUCCAUCGGUGGAAAGCCAAAGAGUGGCGGACUGGUUGGCGGACUCGUUACCGGUCUUGGGCUGAUCGGAGAGCCACAAGGGUUGAGUGCAACACACAACCGCUUCGAGGCUGACUGCUCUCCUACACGAGGAGACGUCUACAAAACCGGCGAUCCAGUCUCUCUCAACCUUCCCCAGUUCGAGCAACUCAUCGCCAUGCCUAUCGGUCCCAAUGGCUACGACCUGACAGUUAUGCAUCCCUUCCGUGGCAAGCGAUACAAGGACUCUGUUGCGACCAACGGACACUACUGGGCCGGACCAGUAACACACUUUGCAAUCAACACUGCGACAUACCUUUUCACCUACCACUUUUUCUCCAACCACUCCGCGGAAUACCCAGAAGGUUAUCUUGACGCUGAGACACUCAAGUCUUUCGAGGGUGUUACUGGUCAGCCAGGAAGCUUCAAGUGGGCCCCAGGUCGUGAGAGGAUCCCAGAAAACUGGUACCGUCGCGCCAUCGGUGACGACUACGGAAUCGCAGCCUUCACUCUCGAUGCUGUAGGUGCGCUUCAAGCACUUCCUUACAUGGCAGUCAUUGGCGGCAACACUGGCAAACCUAACACCUUCACUGGCGUCAACAUUGCAGACCUCACGGGCGGCGUUUUCAACGCUGAGACGUUACUCGAAGGAAACAACCUCAUGUGCUUCGCAUUCCAGGCCGUUAACUCCGCCGCCCCGGAUAUCCUCAAGGGUCUACUCGGAAACGUUCUGGCUGCUGUCCAGAAAUUGACCGAUGCUUUGAACCCCAUCCUUGCGGAUCUUGGCUGCCCCGAGCUUGCGAAGUACGACAAGUCUCUGCUUUCAAAGUUCCCUGGAGCUGGUGCGGGACUGUAGUCGGCCACAAGGAUAUCGUUUACAAGCAAUAUUCUCGUCUUCACUUCACACAUUGUAUUCGUACAUUCGC